AUUUGCAGUCGUUUAGUAAUGUCAUUUAAUGUUUGGUAUGGCUAUGAAACUCGGUUAAUUUAUAUUCCUUAUCAUUAUAACUACUCAUUAUCAGUUGAAAAAUAUUGGAAUCCACAUUUAGUCCAUUAUCUUUUUUCUAAAUAUUGGAGUGUGUCAAUCUAUAUAGCAAUCGCAUAUGUUGCAUUAAUUCAUUUAUUGGAAGGGUACCAAAAAAUGCGUAAAGAAUGGUCACUUCGUUUGCCAUUAUGUAUUUGGAAUGCUUCAUUAGCAUUAUUUAGUGCAUUUGCAACAUUCAGAUUUGGCGAAGAAUUUUUAAAUACAUUAUUGAAUCGGCCAUUGCUGGAUUCGGUUUGUUACUCAAUAAAUCCAGAAUCACCGGCAUCAUUUUGGGCAUGCGCAUUUGCUAUAUCGAAAAUUGUUGAAUUAGGUGAUACAUUCUUUGUUGUUAUGCGAAAAAAGCCGUUAAUAUUUCUUCACUGGUACCACCACGCAGUUGUUCUUAUUUAUAGUUGGAAUUCAGCGUGUGAAUUAACUGCGGCUGGUCGUUGGUUUAUUUUUAUGAAUUAUUUUGUACAUUCGAUUAUGUAUACAUAUUAUUCGAUCACUGCCUAUGGUAUACGUCUUCCACGAAUAAUAGCGAUGUUUGUUACAAGUUUACAAACAUUGCAAAUGCUUUUAGGUUUAGUUAUUUCGAUCGCUGUGCUAAAUUUCAAGCUUAACGGUAUUUUGUGCCAGCAAUCGAUGGACAAUUUGGCACUGUGCUUUGCUAUUUAUGCAUCAUUUGCGAUGUUGUUUUUACGAUAUUUCUAUUUUGCAUAUCUGAAGCCGAAGAAAAAAAUGGAACAAAAAAUAAAAAAUGGUGAAAUUGUGACCAAGUCAAAAUUCGAAUAG